GAGAGGAGGAGGAGGAGGAGGAGAAGGAGGAGGAGAGGGGGAGAAGGGGGGGAGCAGAGGUAAAGGGAAGUGUUGUCGGUCCGUGACAUGAAUGAACCAUGUUCGGUAACGGAGGCUUAGCUCUCCCGGUCUGCUCGUUCCUCCUGCUGCACCUCCCGGUCCUGGCUCUCAACAACAACCGGCCCGUGAAGGACAGAAGUGUAGGGAGGGCGGAGCAGCGGGAUGUCCAUAUACACCCACUCAGUGCUGGAGGGCAGAAUGCUAAACAGACGAGUGACAAGGAGGAGGUGUUUCAGUGGUGGGGGGAGUGGUCCAGCUGGUCCUCCUGUUCCAGGAGCUGUGGAGGAGGAGUGAGGAGUCAGGAGAGACACUGUCUCAUACAGAGGCUCUCCACCACGCAGAACGUGAACAGCUCCUUCUGUGUCGGCGCUCCUAAGAAGUACCAGCUCUGUCCAAACCAGCCCUGUCCCAGCCCCAGUGAGAGCUUCAAACAGCACCAGUGUUCCCAGUUCAACUCCAAGGCUUUUGGAAGACGACACUUCCAGUGGAUACCUCUUUACCCAGCUGAUUACAUCAGCAUCUCCAAUAAGCCAUGUGACCUGCAGUGUACAACCAUCGGGGGUGAGCGCCAGCUGCUGGUCCCUGCCCACGAUGGUACCUUCUGCAGAGACACCAAACACCGAGGGGUGUGUAUCGAGGGAAUAUGUCAGCCUGUGGGCUGUGACGGACAGCUGUACAGCAGUAAGACAGUGGACAGAUGUGGAGUGUGUGGAGGGAACGGGACUUCAUGCCAACGUGUGUCUGGAUCAUACAGGAAGGCACUCACACAGUUAGGUUACGUGUUAAUCACCAACAUCCCAGCUGGAGCAUCAGACAUUCAGAUCAUAGAGAGACACAAGACUGAGAACAUCCUGGCUCUGUCAGACGAGGCGGGUCACUUCUUCUUUAACGGACACUCUGUGUUCGACAAUCCUCAAAACUUCAGAGUGGCAGGAACCGUGUUCAAAUACAGACGUCCCAACAACGUGUUCUCUGACGGGCUGGAGUAUAUCAUCGCCCAGGGGCCCACGCUGCAGGGCCUCAACGUGAUGUACUACAACCUGAACGGGAAGCUCCCCCACAUCACCUACGAGUUCACAGUCCCGUCUCAUGACAUCACAGCUGCAGAGCACAUCACCACAGGCCCCGCCCACUCCCACCUUAACCUCACCUACAUCACGUUAAACCAGGACCAGCUCACAGCGACCAAUCACAGCGAAGCCAGCGUUCACAGCCUCAACUCCCGGCUGGGAGCCGAUGUCAGAUCAGAUAUCCGGCCGCAGGAGGAAGAUGAAGAGGAGGAGGAAGAGGAGGAAGACUUGGUGUGGGAGAUCAGGACCCCCAGCCCUCCCCCACCUGCUGCCAUGUUGGUCUACAAGCCUGCUGAUGUCACCAGUCAUGUGAUCAGACAUAAUGACGUGGAGGAGCAGGGACCUCCAGCACCGUCUGGUUACAGAAGCUCCUCAAACUCCAUCGACGAGCCGUCCUCUGCUGAAGACAACACUCUGCUGCUCUCGUACCCAGGCAGCCAGAGUGUUCGUCCUGAAGACGCCCCCUACCUGCUGCUAGAGGAGCUACACCACAACCAGUCACACUCCAACACACACUCCCUCACACACUCAAACACACACUCGGUCAAACACACACUCACUGACACACAUGUGGACACGGCGUCUGCUGUUCCCGACACACACUCGGACACACACUCCGCCGUCCUGGUGAGGCUGCAGCAGGUGUCUGCAGUCCAGGCCGCCAGCACAGAGAGUAACGACUUUGAUGUGGGUCUGGAUCCUGAUGUGAGUCUGGCAGAUAUGUAUCGCUGGAAGGUUUCCGCUUAUGCUCCUUGCAGCUCCACCUGUACGACAGGUAUCACCACCAGCUAUGCCCUGUGUGUGCGGUAUGACGGGACUGAAGUGGACGACAGUUACUGCGACUCUUUGGCCAGACCUGAGCCCACACACGAGUUCUGCACCGGGAAGGAAUGUCCUCCAAGGUGGGAGACGAGCGGAUGGAGUGAGUGCUCUCGAACCUGUGGGGAGGGCGUUCAGUACCGCACUGUCCGCUGUUGGAAGAUGCUGUCGCCCGGUCUCGACUCGUCCGUCUACGACUCGCUGUGUCUAUCACAUGACCUCCACAAACCAGCCAAUAGGAAGGUCUGCCUGGGCCAGAGCUGUGGACCCCAGUGGGAGGUGUCUGAGUGGUCCGAGUGUUCGGCGCGGUGUGGAUCUCGGGGGGUCCGUACCCGGGAGGUCCGUUGCUCCAUGGAAAUGAGACUCUGUAACAAGUCCUCUCAGCCAAUAGAAAGCCAGGAGUGUGAAGGCCCGCCCUGUGACAGAAGAUGGACGGUCACAGACUGGGGACCUUGCUCAGGUGUGUGUGGGGAGGGGCGGAUGGUGCGUGCAGUGAUGUGUCGAUCAUCAGGUGGGGUGGUGAUGUCAGAGGAGCAGUGCGACCAAUCACUACGCCCGCUGGCCAUCCAUCCCUGUGGAGACAGAGACUGCGCCCCCCACUGGGUGGAACAGGAGUGGCAUCAGUGUAAUGCUACAUGUGGACGUGGCUUGCGUCAGCGUCAGGUGGUGUGUGCGGGGCUGGAAGGCGGCGUGUUCAAAGAGUUUCCAGACAGCAGCUGCGACCACAACAACAAACCAGAGAGCAGCUCGUCCUGCUUCCAGAGACCCUGUUCCAAGUGGUUCACCACCUCCUGGUCUCAGUGCAGUAAGACCUGUGGGAGUGGCGUGCAGGUUCGAGAGGUGAAGUGUUACCAGGGGGAGGAGCUUGUAACCCGGGGCCACAGCUGUGACUCUGCCCUGAAGCCAGAAGCCCGACAGAGCUGUGAGCUCCAGAGCUGUCCAACGGAGGCUCCAGCAGCCGUCCCAGCAGCAUCAGUAUCCGUGGACGACUCCUGCCAGGACAAGCCGACAGCUAACUGUGCGCUGGUGCUGAAGGUGAAGCUGUGCUCUCACUGGUACUACAGGAAGGCCUGCUGCCAGUCCUGUAAGGCCCCCAGACUCUGAAGUCUGAACUCAAACCUCUCACCUGAAACCACUGGUCCCAAAGGUCACAUGACACUCACCUUGUUGGUGCUACACAAAGCCUGCUGCUAGAAAUGUACGGCCUCAUGACACUCACCUUCAGCCCUCCCUCCUGUUACUGAGGUCAAAGGUCAUUCAUCCUGUGGUCACUGUCCUUACCUCCAACCCUCCCUUGUCUGAAAGUUUGUUUCCUCACACCUGAACCUGCUCCUCAAUAAACAUCAUCAUCACAGUGUAAA